UUACAGUGGGACUGCAGAGGGCAUUCUGAAACUGGGAGAAAAUGACUUGGUGUCACUGACAUCCCCAGGGACACCAAUACAGUGAUCAGUGCUAAUAAAAAGCACUGACACUGUACUAAUGGCUCUGGGCAAGAAGGGGCUAACAUGUGGGGCGAUCAAAGGGUUAACUGUGUGCUGGUUUACUAUGUGUUUCACUGUCGCUGUGCAUGUGCUUUCAACUGUAAGCACAUGGUUUUGUAUGGCUCUGCAGUGUGCUGGAGCUGACGGGAGCGAACUGUAUUGUUUACAGACA